UUCAGGCUCUUCCCCCUUCGCAUUAACUCUCACAGCAUUUUCACUCCACAACAACAAUGGCGACGCGCGUAUCAGAAACAGAACCAGACUCCGAAUCCUACUUCCUCCGUUCGGAAUCAUGGCUUCCGGCGCCAGAUUUCGAUAUCGCAGGCUGCGAACAAUGCGAAAUCACCGAAGCGACGGAGAAGAAGAUACAAUAAAUCACGCGAUUCUGGAAGGGGUAUGGAACUGGAACAAGUUCAGGAGAUUGGGCGGAGGUAGAAGACGAUUGAAGAAGGUGUCGGUUCCAGGGUUGAGAAAGUACCUGCGGAGGCGAAGCAGAGCGUUGUUUGCUCGAUUUAGGGCUUCGUGGAGUGGAGCUGUGAGGAGAUUGAAGAAUGGAGGGGUUCACGUGAACGAUCUGUUUGGGGGAAAUUAUCUGUGCUUCCAAAGUAUUGCGCAACGGCGUCGUUUGUGGGUUCAACCGUCAUCGGGAUCACAGUCACUGCAAGACGAAGAAGGCGGGAGCUGAGGGAAAGAACAAACAGAACAUCGCGAGACAGAGAUCUGAGAGAGAGAGAAAAGAAGAGAAAUGGGGACAACAAUGGCGGGCCUCGCGCCGGGACUCUCUCGGAAGCUGAAGAAAGUGUUGGAAUCAAGGACUGAUACGCCGGAGGUUCUCGGUUCCCUCAACACCCUCUCCACUUUCUACACUGACAACAACCCUCAAAAUCGUCGCAACCUCAGAUCCACCAUCGAGAAGCGCUCUCUGUCCAUCAACAUCGAAUUUCUUCGCGCAUCCGAUACUGCUCAGCAGGCGUUGGAUCGCGUCGAGGAGGAGGUCAAUGUUCUUGCCGAUUGCUGCGAUAGAAUUGCAAAGGCUUUAAAUAGUUCUAGUGCUAGCAUUGGGGACAUUAUUAGUACCACAGAGCGGCUAAAGCAGGAACUUGAAAUUACUACGCAGAGGCAAGAGAUUGUGUCAUGCUUUGUUCGUGAUUAUCAGAUAUCUAAUGAAGAGAUAAAUGCAUUGAGGCAUGAAGAUCUAAAUGAAAAGUUUUUCAAGGCUCUUUCCCAUGUUCAAGAAAUUCAUGCUAAUUGCAAAACACUUCUAAGAACACAUCACCAGCGUGCAGGUUUGGAGCUGAUGGAUAUGAUGGCAGUAUACCAAGAAGCAGCAUAUGAGCGGCUGUGCAGGUGGGUUCAGACAGAGUGCAGGAGUCUAGGAGAAAGUGAUAAUCCCGAAGUCAGUGAACUAUUGAAAACAGCUGUUCGCUGUCUUAGGGAAAGGCCCGUCCUUUUCAAGUAUUGUGCUGAGGAGGUUGCAAAUAUGAGGCACAAUGCAUUAUUUAGGAGGUUUAUCAGUGCUCUUACACGUGGAGGACCAGGUGGCCUGCCUCGACCUAUUGAAGUACAUGCUCAUGAUCCUUUACGUUAUGUUGGGGACAUGUUAGGGUGGCUGCAUCAGGCAUUGGCAUCUGAGCGUGAGCUUGUACAUAUACUACUAGAUCCAGAUGCAGUAAUUGAUGCUGGACCAACUGCCAACAGGUUCUCCACGAAGUUGGAGAAUGAAUCUGGAAAAACAGAAAAUGACCUAACCUUUGUUUUGGAUAGAAUUUUUGAAGGAGUUUGCCGGCCGUUUAAAGUGAGAGUUGAGCAAGUGCUGCAGUCUCAACCAUCUCUGAUUAUUUCAUAUAAACUCAGCAACACCCUGGAGUUUUACAGCUAUACGAUUUCAGAUUUGCUUGGAAGAGAUACGGCUCUAUGCAAUACCCUGUGGAUGCUAAAUGAUGCCGCUCAGAAGACUUUUUUUGAUAUCCUUAAAAGUAGAGGGGAGAAGCUUUUGAGAUUUCCUUCCUUUGUUGCUGUUGAUCUCGCUCCACCACUGGCAGUUAGAGAAGGAGCUUCUGUGCUGCUGGAAAUAAUCGAUACUUAUAAUAGCAUGAUGGUUCCAGCUUCAGGGAAAAAGGCUGCUUUUGAGCCGGUGUUAUCUGCUUUACUUGAUCCCAUAAUUCAGAUGUGUGAGCAAGCAGCAGAGGCUCACAAGUCCAAGGGAGCUGGCCACAUAUCAAGAAGAGGUAGGACGAACUCUGAUUCUAGCCAGAAUAGUAAAUCUUCAGUAGAUGCACUAUUGUCCCAAAGCAGCCCUGCUCCAGCAUCUCAGGACACUGAAACACCUUCUAAGAUCUUCCUCAUCAACUGUCUGUGCGCCAUCCAACAACCGUUAUCUGGACAUGAGGUUGCAUCUGAAUAUGUCAAGAAACUUGGAGGGAUGAUAAUUAAUCACUUAAGCGUGCUCGUAGAAAAAGAAGUUGACGCAAUCUUACGAAGAUGCGGCUUAUCUCAGAAGAUGACAUAUUUUCGUAGAAGUUCAGAAGCAGGCGAUGCAGCAAAUGGGCUGCCGUUGGCGGAGAUUGAAGACACGUCCCCGGCUUCACUUUCAGAGAGCUUGAAGGCUUUCUUUGGGCUUGUUCUGGGAAGUGAGAGUUCACUUCCAGAGUUCGAGCUAUUGCAGGUUCCCAAGUUGCGGUCGGAAGCCUGUAUUCAAGUGGCUCGAUCACUUGCCGAAGCUUACGAGCUUAUUUACGAGGCAAUCAUGGAUCCUGACAAUGGCUACUCGGACCCCAAGUCACUUGCAAGGCAUCCUCCAGACCAGAUAAGAACAAUUUUGGGAAUAUAGAACUAUAAAGGUUUUUGUAGGACAUUAUAUUUUGAUUUGAAAUAUCAUCCCAAUGAAUAAUUUGCUAUUUACUAUUAUUCUUCCGAGUCAAAGUUAUAGAUUAAACUGCUGUAUGUUGUACAGAAUGUGGUCAAGAUCUAUUACCUGAUCAGGCUACCAAUAUACUCGUUCUUGUUAAUUCUUCUCCUCUUUCGUUUCUUUUUCUCGUCUCGACUAGAGGCUUGUUCGACCACUGGCAAACAUUAUACCGAGGAACCGAACAGGGCAUCUCGUUUAUUUCAAUUUAAGAAAGAGAGCAACAAGAACAUUGUUAUGUGAUGAA